AUAUCAUGAGGGAAAUGUGCCUGAUGAGCAGUUAUAGAGAGACUAUAAGUAUCUCCCCGUGCAGCCCUUCAGCUUGUACGUUGCUAGGCAGAAUGUGUCUUGUUGUUAAUUCCCAAAUCUGGCUCAGAAACUGAUGCUUCACUCCUUCCUGCUGCCUUGUGUGGGACAGAGCUUCAGCCUCCAUCACCCACCAUCCAGGGAGCAAUUCUGACUGGCACACAGAGACCUUCCUUUCAGAAAACCCAUCCAGGGGAGUCUGAGAGCCUGUAGUCACCUCCACCAUAUGGAACCAGGCAAUGGUACACAAAUUUCAGAAUUUCUUCUCCUGGGAUUUUCGGAGAAACCAGAACUGCAGCCCCUCCUAUUUGGGCUGUUCCUCUGCAUGUACCUGAUCACUGUGCUGGGAAACCUGCUCAUCAUCCUGGCCGUCAGCUCAGACUCCCACCUGCACACCCCCAUGUACUUCUUCCUCUCCAACCUGUCCUUGACUGACAUCUGUUUCACCUCCACCACCAUCCCGAAGAUGCUGCUGAACAUCCAGACACAGAGAAAAGCCAUCACCUAUGCAGGCCGCAUCACCCAGAUUUAUUUUCUUAUACUCUUUUCGGUGUUGGACGUACUUCUCCUGACCGUGAUGGCCUACGACAGGUAUGUGGCCAUCUGUCACCCCCUGCACUACACAGUCAUCAUGAACCCCCAGCUCUGUGGACUGCUGGUCCUGGUGUCCUGGAUCAUAAGUAUACUGAAUUCCUUGUUACAGAGUUUAAUGGCAUUGAGGCUGUCCUUCUUCACAAUCUUGGAAAUCCCUCACUUUUUCUGUGAGCUCAAUCAGAUGAUCCAACUCGCCUAUUCUGACACCUUUCUUAAUAACAUGGUGAUGUAUUUUUCAGCUCUCCUGCUAGGUGGUGGUCCUUUUGCUGGGAUCCUUUACUCUUACUCUAAGAUCGUAUCCUCCAUACGUACAAUCCCAUCAGCUCAGGGGAAGUAUAAAGCAUUUUCCACCUGUGCAUCUCACCUCUCAGUUGUCUCCUUGUUUUAUUGUACAGUCCUAGGCGUGUAUCUCAGCUCUGCUGCCACACACAGCUCACGAUCAAGUGCAAUCGCCUCAGUGAUGUACACUGUGGUCACACCCAUGCUGAACCCCUUUAUCUACAGUCUCAGGAACAAAGACAUCAAACAAGCUCUGACAGCACUUUUUGUGAAGGAAAUGACCAACCGGCCAAUCGUCCUAAGACUGGAGUAGUGCCCGUGAUUGUUGAGGUCAAAGUCUCAGAGUCGGCUAUUGUGGUUAUUUUCAGACUAAGGAAGUAGAAUCUUCUUUUUAUUUAUUUUCUGGAAUUUCCAUUUCUUUGACCUUAACUUAUCUAUUCAAGUUCAGAAACUCACUUUAUUAAGCUUUCUUCUCUCUUAUGUCCCACAGCUUUUCCCUUUGUUGUUUUUCUACUUUCCCAAAAUUAUUUCCAUCAUGGGUCAGAAGUAUUUGGAAAAUCCCAUUUACCUGAUGAAACAACAUGAUUUUUUAAAAUAUUUUUUCUCAAAUGACAUAUAUCAUAUGAAAUAUUUUUUUUACUAAAAGAACCAUCCUGAAUCAUACUAUUCCUAUAGGGGCAAGUACACUUAAUUACCAAGGAAAUUUAUACAAUUUUAUAAGUGAGGAAAAUCUGAAACUACCGUUUUUCACUUUUAUGUCUGACAUUCAUUUAUAUACAUCUUUAUGUCUUAACUGUUCUUCUUGACAAGGUAGACUCUAACAUACCAGUGUGUUUAAUAGCUUGUCCCUGAAUUUUAUUCUCCUCAUUAGGAUUCUGUUCCCUUUCAGCUCAAUGUUCACAAUCCCUCCUAAGCCCUUCACAAAACAAUUAUCAAAUACAUGUCUCCAACAGGUCUUCAGUGAAAGACAGAUUUUAAUAAAGUUGACCUAAUAUGACCUUUGAAUCACAGAUGACCUUCAAUACAGUGAAGCCAAAUUGUGUAAUUACUGUGCAAAAUAUUUUUCCCCAUGAUGUGCAUCUAGGAGCAUGAAACACUGGCAUCCAUAAGUAAUCGAGGGUGGGAGGUGGGGAUGCCUGGGGUGGGGGGAGCAGUGGGAGGAAAUGGAGACACUGUACUUAAACAACAGUAAAAAAGUAAACUUAAAAAAAAGGUGGGGGAAAGAAAGUUUGGUGUCCAUGUGUAAAGGGGUUUAUAAUAGAUGUGAUAAAGAACUUAUUAGUAUUUUUCUAUUUUUUAUUGAAUUGUCUUUGUGUUUCUACUUAAAAAUUUCCAGUGUUCCCUAUAAUAUGACUCAUUUCAUUGCUAUAAAGGCAAUAUAUUACCUCUUCUAAAUUUUCCAUAACCACAGAAGGGAUGGUGAGUGAUCACUGUCAGUGUUAUCCAUCAUUAUCUCCAUGAUGUUCAGAGCUCCAUCCAUCCUUUCUGACCAAGGAGUGACUGAAGAGAGACCUUGGGGUCCUGUCAGUCAUGUGAACCAGAACUGGCAGUUUUCCUACACAAACAUGCAUGUCCUUUAAAUCUCUCCUGGUUGCAGGGAAAUGAACCCCCAAUGAGAGAUCUUAGAUAUAGUGAUCUAUCUUAGAAACAGAGAACAGACUGGCAGUUGCCAGAGCGGAGCAGGUUGGAGGGCUGGCUGAAAAAAAGUGAAGGGAUUAAGCAGUACAAAUUGACA